CACCACUUCAACACUCCACCCAUCCUGAUCCAUCUCCUGCACAACUUCCUCAGUGACAGACGGCAAGCUGUUCGGCUGAGGAAGGCCAGCAGCAGCAGCAGGAUGAGGAGGAGGAGGAUGAGGAGGAGGAGGACCUCAGCACUCUGCACCCCGGGGCUCUGCUGUACCGCUCGGCGGGCCGGCCCAACUUCCUGGUGAUGGCGGACGCCCUGGCCCACGGCGCCGACGUCAACUGGCUGAACGCCGCCAAAGACUCCCGCAGCCCCCUGCUGCAGGCCGUGACCGCGAACUCCCUGGCGGCGUGUGAGUUCCUGCUGCAGAACGGAGCGAGUGUCAACCAGGCCGACGCCCACGGCAGAGGACCCCUGCACCACGCCACCGUGCUGGGCCACACCGGGCUGGUGUGUCUGUUCCUGAAGAGGGGCGCCGACUACAAUGCCAAGGACAAGUACCAGAAGGACCCCAUCGGCAUCGCCGUGGAGAACGCCAACGCCGACAUCGUCACCCUGCUGCGCAUCGCCAAGAUGUACAAGGAGAUGCGGGAGACGGAGGGAGGGUUCGGCCAAUCAGGUCACUCCAGGGAGCAGGGCUGGGGGGGCUCUGGGGGGGGGGCGGGACACGUGGCGGGGACAACCAGGCGGAACCUGCAGGCCCUGAAGAACCAUAUCAGCGGGUGGGCUCUGGGGGGCGCCGACUGA